GCCCGCCGGUGCGUUCGCUUGCCUGCGGUGGUUCGAAAGGUCAAAGGUGCUAGCGUGGGGCGCGCGCCUUUUGAAACGGCGUCGCUCUUAGCAGGUUUUAGUUAGGAAAAAAUGGCGCAGCUUGGAUUUCAACUGUGGGCAGAACUUGGAGCAAGCUCUAAGUUUGCGUUUAUUUAGUCUGAAAAGGUACAGAAAAACUGCGAACUGCUCUGGAGCGCGGCUAGGCUCCGUUCCCUCCUAUUCUGAUUCGCGAGUUAGCCGCGGUUUUAAUAGUGGCGCCCUAUUCGCUACGUUACAGAACACGCACUGCAGAGCAGCCAAUGCGAACGCGGCCCGAGGGCAUUUAAUCCGCACCUAACGUUUUUUAAAAGUUCAACCGACGCCGUGUGGGACGAUUCGAGCCUCAACAGCCUCGCGCGUUUGUUUAUACUUUUUCGAUGUAAAAAAGCUGCCGAUUUGCGCCCACAGCUCGCAGAAACGCCGAGUCCCCAUGAAAGCCAAUGUGAUGUAGUUGAUAACUACGAAGAAAUCAGGCAGAAAGACAGGUGGUAAAUCAGACGAGUCGAGGGUUAAAGGUUAAAAUUUGGGCGACUGGACAUCAGCAUCACAGCCGAAAGAUGUCCGAUCUGAUCGACUUCGAGAGCCCGAACACAAACAACGGGCCGCUGCUGGCCUCGCCGCUGAUACCGGUUCCGCAGAACAAUGCCCAGGUCGCCAAUGGGGCUGGACCUCACUUCUCGGAGGCUGACAAGCGGCGCAGCAUGGAGAACAAUCCGUUCGACAUGGUCAUGAAGAAGAUCACCGAGUACGAGAAGAACCGGGAGGACCCCUUCGAGAGGGUCUGCGAGAAGGCCAUGAUGGGCCUCGGCGAGUCCAAGGAUGACCUCGUCACCAAGAGGAACAGGAGGUACUCCGACAUCCUCAAGAUGAACAAGACUGUGGACGAGACUGAUAUCAACUUUGAUGUGUGCUUGAGCGAGGAGAAAGAUAAGAUGGCCCUGGAGGAUAACGAUAUAAGUAUUAUUACAGAUCUGAAUAACACAAAUCUCAUUGGGGAUGGUGUGGAUGGCAGGCGGGUCGUGGCGUCGUGGAGCUGUGAUAAUAAGAUGAUUCCUAAUGUAAAUAUAUUUUCCCCGCCGCAUCCCAAUCCGGAUCUGUCCAUUUUGAACACGUCCGCCAUGGAUGAUUCGCUAUUGGACCACAAUGUGGCCAAGGAUUAUAAAAGCCUGCAGACUGAUUUUAGUGUUCGCCCUAGAUCUAUGUCGCAAAAUGUUUUUCUAUCUCCUAAGAAGGUGUCUCCAGUGACAAAGAUCAGGAGAUCCUUGUCGGUCAAUGAUGGAAGGAAAAACAGUGUUUUUGGAGAAGACACCACAUUGGCUAGUGCUCAGUCCAGUAUGUUCGAGGAUCCAAUGAAUAAUGCAUUCAGGAAGACUACUUUGAAAAGUGAUGCAAGUUCCAAUUCUAGUAAUUUAAGUACUCAGUAUGAUUCCUUUAUAAGUAAGCAAAAGUUAGAAAGACUGAACAGCGAUAGCUCUGUAUUUUCUGGGCUAUCAAAUAUCUCCGUUAUUCCAAUGGACGUUGAAAACAAAAUAAGGUCAGAGAGGUUUUGUAGCGAGGGCUCUGCUUACUCCGGUAUUUCAAAUAUAUCAAUGAUUCCUGCAAAUAACACCAUGUCUUCGUACGAAUCUUCAGAAUAUUCCAACAAUACUAAUAAUAAAGCAUUCCUGGCUAGCAGAUCACAGUUGGAUUCAACGAGUUCCAAUGCGACAGCUAAGACUCCAUUGAAAACGUCAGACAAGUCUGACUUAAUAAAGAAAUUUUUCGAAAUCAAGACAAGAAUGUCAAUUAGUCAUGUAGAACAGACAAAAAGUGAUAAUGAUACUAAUCAUACAGAAGAUAAGGAUGAUAUUUUAUUAAAAUCUACUAUUGAUUCAAAAGAAUGUUCUUCUGGCAAAGAUGAAAAACUUAUUGAUGUGGAUAACAGUUCCGAUUCUGUAUUUAAUGACCAAACGGGUAUUAAUGAUCUAAUUGUCAAUGAGGCAAGAGCUCUCGCAGAAACGUUUGAGAAGAUGGCUUCAAUCAAAGUGUCUAAGUCAAGCGAUGAAGAUGAACUAUUCUUUUCAAAGACACAAUUGAACUUUGAUGAUUUGCCUCAAUCAGAUGACGAAGCUGUGGAUAAUCUUAUAGAAUUACCUACAUCACCUCAAAGAGAUUCCUCUUCACCAGAAACGAAUAAGCCUAUAAAAAAAGAACCAGAAUCAAAUCAACUUUCUCCAAAAGAAAAAAUCAAAGCUUUGGAGAGUGAAUUUAUAGAGCAGAAGGAUCCCAAUAAAAAAGCUAUGGCAGCUACAUUGUUAUUGGAUCUUGAAAAGUUAAUCAAAGAGGAGCACAAUCCUGAUGCAUGCAAAGUCUUGACUGAUUUACAAAAAUUAUUGGGUGUCGAAUGUGAUAAUAAUACUGAAAUUUUGCAAGUAUGUUUACAAAGCACAGACAAUUCUCCAAGAGAGGAAUUAUCGAAAGGUAAUUCUGAUUCAAUUAAAAAUGUACCUGAUUCUGAUUGCGAAUUAACUAAUUCAAAAGAAGAUAAGCAUGAUGAUUCAAAAAAUAGUUCUUCCAACUCUACAGACAUUUCAGAGAGUAAGUUAAGAAAAAACGUUAAGUCAGAGAACGAAUCUCAGAUUGUCCAAACAUCAUCAGAGAAUAAAGAAAACUCUAAUGAAAUACCUGAAGACCAACAGCUGGCAAUAAAUUUGUUGCGAACAUUGAAUAAAAUAGUGAACGAAAAAAAUGGAGAUUCUGCUGUGGAUGUUUUACGAAGUUUAGGCUCAGUAUUAAAUAUGGCUACAGAGUUGCGAUCGAUAAAUAAAGUGAAUCAAAAGUUCGAAAUAAAGAAAAAUGAUAAAAUUGUACAGAAGCAACUCAAUCGCUCAACAAAUUCAACGUUUAGAUCACCAAGCCCGAAAACUCUUAACGUAAAAUCUCAGAACAAAUCAUUCGAAGCAUUACCGCAAAGAAGAAGUAUGACAAGUGGUCUUACACCUAGAAGCAACAAUCAUUUAUUAGAGGUUCCUCUUGCCAAAGAUAAGAGAAAAUCUCAGCUAUUAAACAUUAAAAAAAGAUUCCCCAGUGAUCCAGGCCUUGUGGAUCCAUCAGAAGAAAAAAAAAAUAUUAAAAGUCCAAAUAAGAUGGAACCACCUUCUAGUCUAGAAACAAAAAAACCAUCAGUGGAACCACUUAAAACUAAGUUCAAGAAAAAAACUAAUUCAGAGGUAGUUAACAAAAAGGGACCUCUUAAGGCUGUGAUUCCUUUGGGAAGUAUGCAAAAGAGAGCAUCGCUCGCGCAAAGAAUGUCGGUCCAUACAGGAAACGUCACUCCUCCAAAAUCAUCAGACUCCAUUCCGUCAUUAAAAAUUGCGAGCAGCACACCUAUCUCCAACGCUAAUCAUAAUAAGUCGAAUCCUACAGCCUCUUCAACGCCGAAUCUAGGAGGAUUGAAGUCUUAUCGUGAGAAAAUCCAAGCACAGCAAAAUUCGAAAAAUCUAUUGCACGUAGCUCCUCAGACUCUGAACUCCAGCUCGAAAGAGCCAAUGAACCGAUCAAAAUCAAAUAAAAGGAUGGAGAAAACGUCACCGCAAAAAAGACCCCUGACACCUAGAAAGAGCAUCGAUAUCAAUGGCGCCGAGGCCACAAAGCUACCUAGAUUCUCGCCUCGACCCGUUCGAGUACGAAACUAUUCUAUGAACGACCUAAAGACUGCUGCCAAAUCACCUCAGACGAGUAUCGGUGUUGCAAAAACUUCCUCGGAAAAGAAAAUUCAGCGCCACUCGACAGUCCUGAGUCCAUUAAAAAACUGUAAUAAACUCGCCUACAAGACAAAACCGAUGAGUUUGAUAUCGAGACUCGGCAAGCCGGCUAGUAUCCAGACGGGCCCGGAAAAGGAGAAUUACGCGUGACUUCCUAGUUGACGCUUUUAACUUUAUUGAUUCUACAGUUGAUGUUUUACCAAUGUUCACGAAGAGAUGAGCUUAUUUUUGUACUUAUUAAGUAGUCUAGUUUUUGUACGUUUUUACGAGAGCACUGUUUUAAUAUAAUAAUUUUUUACAAAUUAUCAAUUAUACUACUUUGUUUUUACAUAA